CGGUUUGCGAAAGCCGGUCCACGCAAAUCAUUUUCCCCCAAUAAAUGAAUUACAGAAAACGAAACAACAUUCCUUCUUCUCUCGAUCCCUUGUAGCCAGCCCCGCUCUGUACAUAUGCCAAAGCAGAAAACAGAAACAAGUCUUCGUUUAAGGGAUAAAGACGAGAUCUACGGAUUCUCCUGCUAAUUUUUGUAUUUACUGAUGUAAAUACUCAUCCAUCGACUAAUUUGCAUUCAAGAUUGGUUUCCCGUACCACGAUUGAGUUUAAGUGACCACAUUUUAUGAAUUUGUUGAAUAUUUGCAAUGCGGAGUUGACCGAGAAGUGCGAGCUAGGGGAUGUGGAGUGGUUGUAUUAUACUGGCUUUCACUUCAUCUACUGAGAGUGCGAAGGAAAAAAGUAGUUGUAUAUAAAAAUGGCUGAUGCUGCUGCUCUUAUUGAAGCCUCAGGAUCCAGAUUUAGUGAUCUUGAGCUCAUCGGAAGAGGCUCGUUUGGUGACGUCUAUAAAGGGUUUGACAAGGAACUCAACAAAGAGGUUGCAAUCAAGGUUAUUGAUCUAGAAGAAUCGGAGGAUGAAGUUGAGGAUAUCCAAAAGGAAAUUGCAGUUUUAUCACAAUGUCGAUCUCCCUAUAUUACGGAGUACUAUGGGUCAUACCUGCACCAAACUAAGCUAUGGAUAAUAAUGGAAUACAUGGCUGGUGGCUCAGUUGCUGAUCUAAUUCAACCAAAUCAGCCAUUGGAUGAAAUGUCUAUUGCAUGCAUUUUACGUGAUUUGCUUCAUGCGGUUGAAUACCUCCACUCUGAAGGCAAAAUUCAUCGCGAUAUCAAAGCGGCUAAUAUCUUGCUCUCAGAAAAUGGUGAUGUGAAGGUAGCAGAUUUUGGCGUUUCUGCACAGCUGACAAGGACGAUCUCUAGGAGAAAGACAUUUGUAGGAACACCAUUCUGGAUGGCACCUGAAGUAAUUCAGAACUCAGAAGGAUACAAUGAGAAGGCCGAUAUUUGGUCACUUGGUAUAACUGCAAUUGAGAUGGCCAAAGGGGAACCCCCACUUGCUGAUCUGCACCCCAUGAGAGUACUUUUUAUCAUACCUCGAGAAAAUCCUCCCCAGCUAGAGGAACACUUUUCUCGUCCUCUCAAGGAAUUCGUGUCCUUGUGUUUGAAGAAGAGUCCUACUGAGAGGCCAAGUGCAAAGGAACUACUGAAGCAUCGUUUCAUAAGGAAUGCAAGAAAAAGCCCCAGACUUUUAGAGAGAAUCAGGGAGCGCCCCAAGUUUGAAAUAAAGGAUGAUAUUGAUUCCCCUAGGAAUGGCCUGAAACCUGUAGGGGAAGCAUCAGGCACCGUUAAGGUGACAAGAGAUACGGGUACUGAAGACACUGUUAAAGUCAGUGGCCAGGGGAAGACCCUAAAAACUGCUGGAUGGGACUUCAGCAUUGGAGGAUCAUCUAGUACUGGAACUGUCCGAAGUGUGAAACCACCACAGGUUAGAGAUAGGAAACCAGAAGUUCCAUUGAAUCAACCUGCUUCAAGAAAAAAUCUGGACAGUGGUAACAAUUGGUCCUCUGCUUCUGGAACUAUUCUUUAUAACUCAUCUGAGGGUUUCAGCCAAAAAGACGAUGGAGAUGCAAACAACAAUGAGAAAAGAGAUUAUUCUCGUGAAGAUGAGGAAUUAUCAGUGAGUGGUACUGGAACAGUGGUUGUGAGAUCUCCAAGAGGAUCUCCUAGAGGAUUUCAGUCCUCCUCUUUGUUCAGCGACCAGAGUUCCCCGUCCAGUAGCACACUUGCUUCUUUCGAGGAUGCUUCUUCCAGUGGCACUGUAGUUUAUCGUGGACGUCAUGAUGACCCAGAUUCUCCUCGAACGCCAAAAUCUAGGUUAGGAAUUCAAGAGAGAUCUUCAAGUGCAUCACUUGAAGAUAGUACAACAAACCUUGCCGAGGCCAAGGCUGCCAUGAUAGCAGGACCAAAGAAAGGAAAUGUUAGAGACAGAUCGAAAUUGGGCAAGGUCCAACGUGAUGGGUUAGAAAAUAAAACAGAACAAUCAACAACGAGCUCUGAUUCUUCUAGGCACUCUCGCGACUAUCUUGAUGCGCAGAAGGUGUUUUCAAGAUCGCGCCAUGCAAGUGAUGAAGAAGAUGGUGCGAGAACAUAUGCUGCACCUUCAUCUGCCACCUUAUCUGUUCUCCUCAUUCCUUCACUAAAAGAGACUGUAGAAAUAGUUUGUGGCAUUGCAUCAUCUUACUUUCAUUUGAAGCAUUACAAAUUACUAGUAGAAACUCUUUGCAGCUCAAAGGAGUCAUCUUUGAAAGAUCUGCAAGACCUUGCUGCUCGCAUCUUUGCAAAGGGAAAGAUUGAAACAGAGAGUACAAGUACCGGGGUUGAUAGCAAGAAAAAACAGCAGAGUAAAGAGCUUAAUUCAAAUGCGAAUUUGAGUCCACUGGCAAGGUUCUUGCUUUCAAGAUGGCAAGGACAUGCUUCUCGAGAUCAAAAUGCUUAAACAUUGAGGUUAGAUUAUUGUUUCAAAAUUUUGCAUUUUAAUGUUGCUUGUUCUCGAAUUAUUUUAGAUUCUGUGUACAUAUCAUUUUGAGGACAUCUGUAAUUUCUGUCCUCUGAUUCAUUUUGAUGGGUUAUUGAAGAAGUUUUUCUGCUGUCGCUUUGCAAUUUGUAAUUUAAAGCUCUAUAUUCUGUUAGAAUUUGUCGUUUUUAUUGGGCGUUUUUGUUGCUCAAUGUAAUAGUCACAGGCUUCUAAAUUUUAGUGCUAACCGGUGUUUCGACUUCCGGAAGUUGUAAAGGAAAGGACAUUUUGACAUAUUGUUAACUCGAUUACUCCUU